CUAAUGUUCAUGUUUCUCUUAACAGGUAUUCGUUACAGCACGGAAGUGAGUGUUGAUGAAGUAAAAGCUUUAGCUUCUCUAAUGACAUAUAAAUGUGCAGUAGUUGAUGUGCCAUUUGGUGGUGCAAAGGCUGGUGUUAAGAUCAAUCCUAGGCUAUAUACAGAUAAUGAAUUGGAAAAAAUCACAAGACGGUUUACCAUAGAACUAGCAAAGAAAGGCUUUAUUGGGCCUGGUGUUGAUGUGCCAGCUCCUGACAUGAGCACUGGUGAGAGGGAGAUGUCGUGGAUUGCAGACACCUACGCCAAUACCAUAGGACACUAUGAUAUUAAUGCCCAUGCCUGUGUGACGGGGAAACCCAUCAGCCAGGGUGGCAUCCAUGGCCGCAUCUCUGCCACAGGUCGUGGUGUCUUUCAUGGGAUUGAGAAUUUCAUUAAUGAGGCAUCCUAUAUGAGCAUCUUGGGAAUGACUCCAGGAUUUGGAGAUAAAACUUUUGCCAUCCAGGGGUUUGGCAAUGUAGGUUUGCAUUCUAUGAGGUAUCUUCAUCGCUAUGGUGCAAAAUGUGUAGCUAUUGGAGAAAAGGAUGGUGCUAUCUGGAAUCCUGAUGGACUUGACCCAAAGGAGUUGGAAGAUUAUAAGUUGCAACAUGGAUCCAUUCUCACCUAUCCAAAAGCCCAAGCUCUGGACUGCCACAUUCUUGAAGCCGAUUGUGACAUCCUCAUCCCAGCUGCCAGCGAAAAACAGUUAACAAAAGCCAACGCCCACAAAGUCCGAGCAAAAAUAAUUGCUGAAGGUGCUAAUGGACCCACGACCCCUGAAGCUGAUAAGAUAUUCUUGGAACGGAAUAUCAUGGUUAUUCCAGACCUUUAUUUAAAUGCUGGAGGUGUGACUGUAUCUUACUUCGAGUGGUUGAAGAACUUGAAUCAUGUCAGCUAUGGUCGCUUGACCUUCAAAUACGAAAGGGACUCAAACUACCAUCUGCUAAUGUCAGUUCAGGAGAGCUUGGAAAGAAAGUUUGGGAAACACGGGGGAAGUAUUCCAGUUGUGCCUACUGCAGAAUUCCAGGAUAGAAUAUCUGGUGCCUCUGAAAAAGACAUUGUGCAUUCGGGCUUGGCUUACACCAUGGAGCGUUCUGCUAGGCAAAUCAUGCGUACCGCCAUGAAGUACAACCUUGGUCUAGAUCUGAGAACAGCGGCCUACGUCAAUGCGAUUGAGAAGGUCUUCAAAGUGUACAACGAAGCCGGUCUGACCUUUACAUAAAUGGCUGCUCUGUCUCAGCUUGACACCCUGUUCUGAGUCCUGUUGAAAAAGUUUAUGACAAGUUUACAUAUAACCACAGAAAUCCUUUUCUCACUUAGUUGUAGUGGAUAUGAUUCUCAAGUAGCUUCCAUUCAAGCUAGUCCUUUUUUUAUAAUAUUGGGGGAAAAUCCAUGGAUUUAGGGUUUCAUGUCAAGAGACAACUAAAGACAACCAGUUCAUCUGCACCUGCAUAGAGUUUUGUAGGUUUCAUCUUGAAAGUUAAAAAUGUUCCCUUUUCUUGUAUGAAACUGGUCUUGCCUCAAUAAGCAACUUAGCAACGCUUCCAGUGACAUAUGAUGUUGAAGCAAAUAUUAACUAUUCAAGCACUUUGGCUUCAGGCAAUGCAACACUUGUGGUAGUUUAGGCACUUUUGAGUAAAGCUCUUGGAUAAUCAGUUUCAAUGGCAUUUCUGAAGACUGAAUAACUUAGAAUUCUCAUUUUUGCAGUUACCAGAGCCAGAAGCCUUGUUCCUGCUAAGCAAUGUUCGUGUUUUUCUUCUUUUUAAUCUUUGCUCCUGCUACGUCUUGCCUCUAAAUCAUGUACUUAACCUCAUCUUGAUUUAAGCACUGUCCUGUGUGCGUAGAAAGAUGAGUUCCAGGAAUUAUUAUUUUUAUAAGCUAAACGAGUAUCAUUGAUGUACAGAUAUCCAGUAGAAUGGCCUCUUGUUUAAUCUUGUCACCACAUAUCCACUUAGCUUAUGUAUUUUUUAAAAAGAAUAGCAUGUACUUGAGCAUAACAUUGGGAGAUCCGAAGAAUUUUUGUAAGUUUUUAUUCCUCUUGUUUGUAUUUUAGUUUUUGAAGUGCUUUUAGCAUUAGCCAUUUGCCUGUUGAACAAUUAAAGUAGAAAUUAUUGACACCAAGAAGAUUUGCAGGCAUGUUGAUGUUUUUGCUCCAUUCAUCUGGACAUUCUGAACAUAAAUAUUGUUAAGAGGGGCCUUGAAUCAGGAUUGGAUCGCUCACAUGGUUGCCUUGAGGGUUUUCACAUGGUCUUGUGUCCAGAUGAAUCCUAUAAAGUGCCAGAUGUAUUUAUGUGAUCAAUUAGGAUGUUUUUAAGAUAAACCCAACCCCUCCUGGAAAUUCACGCUUUUUUUUCCCUAGCUCCUUUAUAACUCAUGACAUAACAUGGCAACAAAAGCAAUUAUUAAAAGUUGACAUUUUGAAACAUA